AUUAGAAUAAACAAUAAAUUGCUUGUAGUUAUCGAAUAACACGAGUAAUGACAUUCAAAAAUCAAGAAAAUAAAAAACUGCAAAACGAGAAUUUGAUUUGUAAAAAAAUAAUUCGUGCCGUGGAUAUGCAGCGUAAAGCUAUGCAAUUUGGCGACAAGUUUACAUCUACAUUUCAUAUAACGUUCUGUGUUAUGAUAGUAGUUGGAAUAACUUGCGCAAGUCUUAAUUUAUUUCAGGUACAGUAUUCAAUGGUACAUGGCUCCAAUGAAAAUACAGAAAAUAAUAUUAUUCUUAUUGCAAAGAAGUACUAAAGUAUUCCAUAUACAAGUUGGUGGAAUAUUUGUAGCGUCACGAGAAGGUGCAGCUACGGUAAGAAAGUAUAUGUAUUAACUUGUAUAUUAAAUAGUAUAAUAUAUUUUGAACCAAAAAAAGAGCUUAUAUUAUUGCAGAUAUUGAGUACCGUAGUAUCUUAUUUCACUGUUCUUUACUCUGUAAAGUAGUAAUGUAAAAUAUAUUUAUUAAAAAUAUACUGAAUUACCUUGAAAAAAACAGAGUUCAAUAGAUUAGAUGGGAUUGUAAAGAUUUUAAAAGUUAAAAAUUAUGACAUGUAAAACUAUAGUUUAUAAUAAUAUAUAGAAAAAUAUAUUUCACCAGUAACAGAUUAUUAAUAAUAUUUAUUAUAAAUGAGUCAAUAAUUGAUAUAUCGAAAUGAAAAAAAAAACUAACUGUUUGUCACUGCCGUAAAGAAUCAAAAUAAAAUUUACAAGUUCACGAGCCACGAAGUGAGUAAAUAAAUGCGUACUAGAAAUUCUCAAAUUCGCCUGCACGAUCUUUGACAAAUAAUUUACAUGGUUUUUUUAAUGAGAAAUAAGUAUUCGUUCAAUUAGCUUAUAUCAUUUAAUCGAACUAACACAGGUAAAAUUGUUAAAUUGCGCAUGUUUCGAUCUCAAAGUGUAAUAUUUCGUUAUAUUUUACAUUACGUUAAAUUAAACAAUUUAUGCUAAAAUUUGAGAUAAAAGUUUAAAGAAAACGAAGUUAUAAAAUGUGUAAAUAAUGAAUUAAAAAAAGAAAAUGAGUGAUCUACUCUCUCCGUUGUCAAACGCAUACACAUGAUUGUGAAGAAAUGAUUUGUACCAAUUCUUUACACAUUGGUAGUAUAUAUAUAUAUAUAUAUAUAUAUAUAUAUAUAUAUAUAUAUAAAACUUUUUUAUUAUUUAUAUGUGAAAUUAAGAAAUAGAAUAUUUAGAAAAUGUAAGUAUAUAUUAAUCAAAGAUGUUUUAAACAAGAAAUUGCAUAAAAUUUACCAGCAAUGCGUAUUUGAUAACUAUUACAUUGAAUUUUCAAGCCAGCAACUUUUCUAAGGAAUGAAACGUCACUUGAGACAGCACGCACCAGACUGAGGAACAUUACAACCUGUUGUACUCUCGCACCUGCGCAGUCCAUACAAGUCCCUCUACAAAGUAUUGUUUUAUGGGAAAUAAACAUCUGUUAUAUUAUUUCUAUAUACAGAAUCGAUCGUUUGCACCAUUUGCGAAAUAAAGUUUCAUUUUAACGUUCAUGAAGAAAUGAUCUGUAUAGACUGUCUGAAUAUCAGCCUUAAUCGGUUACUAUUGCUCACAAUUGGUCUAUGGCCUUAUCAGCAAUCUACACUUGUUCGACUUCAAUUCUUUUUAUUUUUUGGAAUUUUAACGACUGCUAUUCUAUUUCAGUUUACCGUAUUAUUUACUUUCAAAUAUACUCUGAAUUUACUCAUUGAGGUCCUUUCUUCUGCGUUGUUUUUCGCUGUUUUGGCGAUUAAAUACUUUUCAUUUAAUUUUAAAAUCGAAAUCAUAAAAUGUUUGUUGGAACAACUGCAGCAUAUGUAUAAUGAGCUAAUUGACAAGAACGAAAUUGAUAUUAUAAAAAAGCAUGCUAAUUUUGCAAAACGUUAUGCGAUUGCGUUAAUAUUGUUAUUCAUAUUAAGCGCAUCCACUUUAAGUUUAUGCUAUUUUUGGCCGCUUAUUUUCAAUAUUCUGUUCUCUACGAAUGUGACUCAAUUACGUCCAAUGCCGAUUAUGUUUAAAUAUUUCAUCGAUCAAGAAAAAUAUUUCUAUUUGAUAUUGUUCCACUCGUUCGCAGCCUUUAUCAUAGGAUGGACUGCGAUAAUAGCGACAGGAGCAAUGUUAAUAAUUUAUGUAAAGUAUGUUUGCGGAAUGUUUCAAAUAGCCAGUUAUCGAAUAACACGAGUAAUGACAUUCAAAAAUCAAGAAAAUAAAAAACUGCAAAACGAGAAUUUAAUUUGUAAGAAAAUAAUUCAUGCCGUGGAUAUGCAGCGCAAAGCUAUGCAAUUUGGCGACAAGUUUACAUCUACAUUUCAUAUAACGUUCUGUGUUAUGAUAAUAAUUGGAAUAAUUUGCGCAAGUCUUAAUUUAUUUCAGAUUUGUCAAAUAAUAUCAUUCGAAUAUGAUACUGUAAAACUGACCUUGAACGGAGGAUUUUUUAUCCCACUAUUUUCAUACAUGAUAAUAAGCAAUUAUUGUGCGCAAGAAAUGACAGAUUAUAGUAAUGAUAUAUAUGAUGCCGUGUACAGUAUUCAAUGGUACACGGCUCCGAUAAAAAUACAAAAAAUAAUAUUAUUCUUAUUGCAAAGAAGUACUAAAGUAUUCCAUAUAGAAGUUGGUGGAAUAUUUGUAGCGUCGUUACAAGGUGCAGCUACGAUGUUGAGUACCAUAAUAUCAUAUUUCACUGUUCUUUACUCUGUAAAGUAGUAAUGCAAAAUAUAUUUAAUAAAAAUAGAACAAAUUAUCUUGAAAGAAACAGAGAUAGAUUAGAUGGGAUUGUAAAGAUUUUAAAAGUAAAAAAUUAUGACAUGUAAAACAAUAGUUUAUAAUAUAUAGAAAAAUAUAUUUCACCAGUAACAUAUUAUUAAUAAUAUUUAUUAUAAAUGAGUCAAUAGUUGAUAUAUCGAAAUGUAAAAAAAAACGAACUGUUUGUCACUGCCGUAAAGAAUCAAAAUAAAACUUACAAGUUCACGAGA